AAAAACAAAACUGUUAAAGGUGCCGCUGGAAGGUUCUGCAGUUUAGUAAUUUUUUUUCUGAGUUUAUGCUUUCGAUAUGUUUCGUAAUGAUAAUGGCGACAAUUAAUAAUGUAAUUUAAAUAGUAACAGUAUGCUAAAUUGUGCUCAACUAGAUCAUGUGACUCACUAAUAAAUUCAGUGAUAAGUCUUGUCAGAGUGGAGUUUAUCGGACGCCUUUUUCAUCCACGAUCAGUCGAUAUUAUGAGGUCCGAAAGAGAGAACGAAUCGAAAAUUUUGCCAUUAUGAUGCCUAUGGUGUAUACGGUGUAUGGUUUUGCCAUAUUUUUUAUGAUCGCAUGGGUUUGCCUAUGGUUAAUUCAUAUAAUGGCAUUUUCGUAUUCGAAAUGGAAACUACACAGAACAGUGGACCGAUCACCACCAGAACAGGCCUAUCCAGGCGUCUCAAUUUUGAAACCAUUAACCGGUGUUGACCCUAACUUACUCUCAAACUUGGAGACCUUCUUUAGCCUCGACUAUCCGACGUAUGAGAUAUUAUUCUGUGUGGAACACGAAAAAGAUCCUGCUGUAAUGUUGGUGAAGCAUAGUCUUUUACCAAAGUAUCCAAAUGUAGAUGCACGGUUAUUCAUAGGAGGUAUUCGGGUCGGAGUUAAUCCAAAGAUCAACAACAUGCAUCCAGCAUAUAUGGCUGCAAAAUACCCGUUGAUCUUAGUGAGCGACGCCGGCAUCCGGAUGCGAGAAGAUUCGCUGCUGGAUAUGGUGCAGCACAUGCGUGAGGAUGUCGCGAUAGUACACCAAAUGCCAUUCGUGUGUGACGCGGAAGGCUUCGCUGCUGUCUACGAGAAGGUGUACUUCGGAACGGCUCAAGCGCGAAUGUACUUGGGUGCAGACUUUCUCGGCAUCAACUGUCAUGUUGGAAUGUCGUCACUGGUGCGCCGCUGUGCACUCGAAGAAGCAGGCGGUCUAGCUGCCUUCGCAGAUUAUCUGGCGGAAGACUUCUUCAUGGCGAAAGAGGUGUUGGCGCGUGGCUGGAAAAUGCGUGUAGCGUCGCUGCCUGCGCUUCAAAACUCCGGAUCGCGCUCAGUAGGAGCGCUACAGGCGCGGUUAAAACGUUGGGCUAGACUUCGUAUUGCAAUGGUACCAACGACAGCCUUGUUGGAGCCGCUAAGCGAGUGUCUCCCGCUCGGAGCGGGCGCGGCGUGGGCUGCAGGACAGUUAUUUGGCGCUGAGCCCUUACCGUUUUUCCUGGUGCAUGUAUUAGUGUGGUUUUUAUCUGACUGGUUAAUACUACGGUCUGUUCAAAAUGGAUCACCCCCCUUCACAAAAGUGCAAUUCCUUGUUGGGUGGGCUUGGAGUGAAUGCUGUGCUCCAUUUGUCUUAGCGGCAGCUCUUCUUAACCCAGAGAUAUCGUGGCGGACUCGUUGCUACAGACUAGAUUGGGGUGGCCGUGCUCAUGAACUGAAACCUUCCCAUACUCGAAAACUUUAAUUUGUGAGUUAAUUAAUAUAUUAUGCUUGUGUGAUGCUGCCGAAAGGUGCGUAUGUGAUUCUUAUAAUAAGUUUUAUAUUUUAAUGCCUAUUUAUAAUUUUGAAAUGAACAAAACUUGACACUUUUGUUUUAGAAAGAUGUACAAUAUACUUUUUGUAUUUAAUUUUGUUAUAGUCUCCAUUACUGUUGUUUGUAUGCCAUAAAGAAGGAGUACAAUAAUGUUCCCUAGAUAUUAAUAAUUCUAGGGAUGUGCUAUGGUUGUUUAAUAAGUAAUUUUUCACUUGUUUUGUUGAAUAAUUAUAUCAUACUUUUGAGUGUUACUCUCAAAAUUUUGGAAAGCUAAUUUGUAAUUAUGAGAAAUGUUGAUUCAAUUUGAAUUUGGGUACCUGUUACAAAUCCAAGUUCAAAUUUAUAUAUGGUACCUCUAAAGUAUUCCCUUAUAGUAUUUACACAAUGUAUGUUUGUAACAUACAGAUUUGCUGAUUCAAUUAAUAUCAUUUGAAAUAUGGUUGUGUUAAAUAUUUUUCUGAUGCCACAUAUUCAGCCCACAUCAGGAGCAGGGUGGUUACUAUGAGUUUUAUUUUGACAUUAAAUUAUAACAGUGAGCACUUCAAAAAUCUGUAAGAAAUGCAUAAUUUUUGAUAGUUGCUUGUACCGCUUUCAAUACUAAAGUGAAAACUCAUACUACACCCAUAUUCCAUCAUCAUUUGCAUAAAACGAUAAUACUGCAACAUCAGAUGUGGAAAAAUUAAUCAAAAAUAACUUCUUGUCUAUAAAUAAUGUCACACUAGCAUGAGGAUAUUAUGUGAUACAAAAUAUGAUGAACUUGAUUCUUGCCUUAUAUAUUUUCAUUAAACAAUAUUGUGUUCCAUUACAUAAAGAAGUAAAAGAUAUAAAACAAAUAUUAUAAACUGGUGCAUAAUCAUUAAAAAAUAGAGAACUUUAAAUGUUCUUAUUAGAUAUUAAGUGUUUCACACUAUAGUCUGCAUGCAUUAGCCGACUGGAAAUGAGAGCGGCAAUGUAUGCAGUUUAUAAACAUUGAAAUCUUAGCCUAGAAUCAAAGGGUUAGUUUAUACAAAUUUUUGUGUCACAUGAUACUUCUUUAAAUAUUUAAAGGCUUCCGCUUGUUUAUCAUCUUUUUCUAUUCUAUAGAAGAAAAAGAAAAAACAGCAAGUCUGCAGUGUUGAAUUAUAUAUAUCAGUAUUCAAUAGAACUGAGAGAAUCUUGUUUGUAUCAAAAACCAACUACAUUUUAUGAGCAAAAUAAAAUAGUUUGUAAUAUGAACUUAUAAGACAUGUAAUUCUAAUUAAACACAGGGUGAAUAUUUCUCAGUGAUUGUUAUAGGAUUUUUCUCUGUGUGGGUGAGUUUGGACAGGUAAAGAUUUAGUAUUAGAUUGUAAUAUUGAAUAGGUCUGAUAUGGGGCCAAAGAUUGUGCAAAAUUUUGUUUUGUGAUAAUGAUUAUUUGCAGACCAAAUUUCUAUUACACUUUUUUUUUAUACUAAAGUUUAAGAAGAUGUUAAGACUGGUAAUUGUGUAGUGAAGUCCAAACUCAUCCAUUAUUUCUAAAGGAAUCUAUGUCAUCAUUUUAACUAAGAAAGGAUUGGAAGAUUUUCGUAUGGCUGUCCUAUUGAUACACCAUUUUAGUUUCCCUUACAAACGAAACUUGUAUGAAACAAUAAAAAUAUAUAAAUAAGGUAUUAUUAAAAUUGGAUGCAAUGAGUGUUGAGUUACACUUGGCAGCAGGUUUUCGCCUUUUUGCGGUGCCCUAUUUUGUUUACUUUAAACCACCCUUUACUAGACUGAGAAAGUUAGCUAUUGCACACACGCUAUCUUUCUUGCUUUAGCAAAUAGUGAUGCUGUCAAUGUACCUCAACCCUAACUUGAAUCAUUGCCUACUCAUAUGAAAAAAAAAUUGCAUUGGUAGAACAGACAUAAUAUUUUAACCUCCUAAUUGAUGAAAAAGCAUUCCUUUGCUUAAUUUUAUAGGAGCUACUUGUUUUGUUGCUGGAUGUGUUUUCAAUUCUUAUUAUUACAGUACAACCGAUACAAUUUUGCAUAAUACUCAGAGUUGUGAUCUUAUAUUAUUUUUAAUUAACGAAAUAUUUAAUGUAUUAAUAUCACAAGUACUUAAUGUGCUAUCACAGUUUAACUUAUGUUAGUAUAAAUCUUGAUUCUAAUCUGCGACAAUAUUACUUGAGACAGGUUAAUAUUAUAAUUUUGUGUCCAUAUAUCAUGUAGAAUAAUUUACAAAAAUAUGCAAUAUAAAUUAUGCAUACGGAAAACAAUGUCCUCCUAAUAUGAGUACAAGAACAACAAUUAAUAUGUUUUUAUUCAAUCUAUAAUACAAGUCAUAAUAAAAAUAAAAGAAUAUUGAGUG